GCCUGCCCCCAGCAACACUCCUUGCAUGGAGAUCAUCGAACAGCCCAAGCAGCGGGGCAUGCGUUUCCGUUACCAGUGCGAAGGACGCUUGGCUGGCUCCAUUCCUGGGGAGCGCAGCACGGACACCACGAAGACGCACCCGACCAUCAAGAUCCAUAAUUAUGUGGGUCCAGGCAAGAUCCGCAUCUCCCUGGUGACCAAGGAAGCUCCCCACCGGCCCCACCCCCAUGACCUGGUGGGAAAAGACUGCAAGGACGGCUUCUAUGAGGCAGAGCUGGCAGCAGAGCGCUCCAUCCACAGCUUCCAGAACUUGGGGAUCCAGUGUGUGCGGAAACGAGACCUGGACAAAGCUGUGGCCAAGCGUAUUGAAACCAAUAACAAUCCUUUCAAUGUGCCCCCGGAAGAACUCAAAGGCGACUACGACCUGAAUGCUGUUCGGCUCUGUUUCCAAGUGUGGAUUCGAGAUGCAGCCAGCGGUCACUUGGUUCAGCUGCCCUUGACUGUGUCACAGCCGAUCUAUGACAAUCGUGCCCCCAACACAGCUGAGCUGAAGAUCUGCCGAGUGAACCGUAAUUCAGGGAGCUGCCUGGGGGGCGACGAGAUUUUCCUUCUCUGCGACAAAGUGCAGAAAGAGGACAUCGAAGUCCGCUUUUUCAAGGGUUCCUGGGAGGCAAAGGGCUCCUUCUCUCAAGCGGACGUCCACCGCCAAGUGGCCAUCGUCUUCAAGACUCCCCCUUACAUGGACCAAACUCUCCGUGAGCCAGUGACGGUUCAAAUGCAGCUGCGCCGCCCAUCGGACAAGGAAGUCAGUGGCCCCAUGGAGUUCCGCUACCUCCCUGAUGAAGGUGAUUUCCAUCGCAUUGAGGAGAAACGCAAACGAACGCUUGGGACCUUCAAGAACUUUGUGCAGAAAGCGCCCUUUACAGUUACCCUCCCGGAUUCCCGCUCCCCACGCCGCAUCGCUGUUCCAAAGCAUGGUUCGGCCCGGCCCAACACUGGUGGUGUUCCAGGGCUCUUGGGGGCUGCAGGGCAACUCCCCUCAUCCCUCACAAAACCACAGACCAUGGCCCAGCCUCCCCCGGGCUUCUCCUUCCCUGGGCCCAGCUACGCCCCUCCUCCGGCAACAGCCAUGCAGCCUGGCUUCAGCACGGUAAACCUGGAAGACCUGUCAGGCCUGGGUGUGUCCCAGAGGGUCCAGCCCUCCGAGUCCGAGGCGGAGACCAGCAUUGCAGACGCAAUCCUGCACCUUCACUUCGAGGGAGGGGACGGGGGAGCCAUGGAGCUCAGCGGGAUCUUGGAUGACGCCCCCUACACCAGCCUGGAGGGGAUCAACACGGCGGAAUUCCAUCAGCUCCUCACGGAGGGGAACAUCCCCACAUCUCUCCCAGACAACCAGGGCACUCUGCUCACCUAUCCCGAGUCCAUCACACGCCUGGUGAGCCAGCGGCGGGCAGAAGGGGAGGCUGGUGGCGGCGAUGGCGGUGGAGGGAGCAGCUCGGCCAGCAACUUUGUCAAUGGCAUUUUGGGGUCCCUUCCGGGCGAGGACAGCUUCUCUUCCAUGGUGGACCUGGACUUGAACUCUCUCCUGAACCAGCUGAAUUAAUAAUACGCUAUCUCCCUGGACUUGGGCUCAGAUGCCGACUAUCUUCUGCCUGUACCUGAAUUUGCAAUUUUGUACUCCCGUUGGGUGGCUUUUUCUAGCCAGACUUCUGGAUGGGGCCACCCUCCACUUGGUUAGUGAGCUGUCUUCUUGGAACUAGGACAGGUUCUACUUAAAUCUAACCUACUCUACACCAUUUUGGGGAAGCAGGUGGCCUGG